CCGGUCAGACCUCGGCGGGGCCUGCAAGCUUCGCUGGAUCACUCGCUCCCGCCUCCCGCCCGGUGCCCGGCCAUGGCAGAGCCCUUGUCCGCCCAGCGCCCAGUGCCUCUCGCGGACUCGGGGCUGUGCUUCCUCAUCGCCCGGUACCUAUCGGCGGGCUCGUGUAGGAGAGCGGCCCAGGUGCUGGUGCAGGAGCUGGAGCAAUGCCAGUUGCUGCGGAAGAGGCUGGACUGGGAGGGCAACGAGCACAACAGGAACCACGAGGAAUUCGUCUUGUCCAGUAAGCAUGUGGCUCCUGAUCAUCUAUUGCAAAUCUGCCAAAGGAAACAGAAAAAAAAAAAAAAAGAAAUUCCACCCCGUAUUUCAAGAGUCGCUUCUUUGUUUGGUGCAGGAAGGCAGCCUUAG